AACAUGGAAUCCACAAAUGAAACACAUACAAUAGAAUUCCUGCUCUUGGGACUUUCAGAUGAUCCAGAAUUGCAGCCCAUUCUCUUUGGACUGUUCCUGUUUAUGUACCUGGUCACAUUUAUUGGGAACAUACUCAUCACCCUGACCAUCAGUUCAGAUUCCCAUCUCCAUACCCCCAUGUACAUUUUUCUAUCCAACUUAUCCUUGGCUGACAUUUGUAUAAGCUCAACCACAGUCCCAAAGAUGCUCUUGAACAUCCAAACACAGGAUUAGAGAAUAACUUACACAGGCUGCCUCACUCAGGCCUGCUUUGUCUUGCUUUUUGCUGGAUUAGAAAAUUGUUUGCUGGCAGCAAUGGCCUAUGACCGUUAUGUGGCCAUUUGUCAUCCUCUGCGGUACACAGUCAUCAUGAACUCACACUUCUGUAAUCUACUUAUUCUGGUUUCCCUGGUCAUUAGUGUUGUCAAUGCACUACUGCUCAGUCUCACGGUGCUGAAGCUGACUUUCUGCACAGACCUGGAAAUCCCCCACUUCUUCUGUGAACUUGCUCAGAUCAUAAAGCUUGCCUGUUCAGACACCCUUAUCAAUAAUAUAUUGAUUUAUAUUGCAGCUUUAUUAUUUGGUGGAAUUCCUUUUCUUGGAAUUUUUCUGUCUUAUACUGAAAUUGUCUCCUCUGUUUUGAAAAUCCCAUCAGGGCAAGGAAGGUAUAAAGCCUUUUCCACCUGUGGGUCUCACCUGUCAGUAGCUUCAUUGUUUUAUGGGACAGGUUUAGGAGUGUACAUUAGCUCUGCAGUUACUGAAUCACCCAGGAAGACAGCAGUGGCUUCAGUGAUGUAUUCUAUAGUUACUCAGAUGCUGAACCCCUUUAUCUACAGCCUGAGAAACAGAGACAUGAAGGAAGCUUUGAGAAAACUCAUUGGUAGAAUAGCUUCCCGUAUAUAA